GAGGAGUGAAGCUAGUGCUUGUAGCAGACUGAUAGCAGCACCGCGGACAGCUCAGUGCUAGCAGGGACUGGGGGAGCAAGAAAGCGCUCCAGGCUGGCUGCUGGGUCUGAACACAGAAGAGCCCUGGGCACCUAUAUUAAAGAAAGUGUGGCUAGGAUUAGAAAUAGAACAGCCUCCAGAGAGCAUACACUCUUCAUCCUGGAACUGCAACAUCAGGGACAGGAAGCAUCCAAGUGUGUGUAACUCUCCAGCUUCAAGUUUCUCUCUCAGUUUUGUGGUUCCAAGCCCUGCACCUUCCAGAAAACCCCUCUUCGGUCUGUUUUUACACAAUGCCCCUGGAUAAGAUGAAAGAUCUGAGCCUAGUGUGCUCCGUGACACGCUCUGAAACAGAUGAAGUGGGUGGAGUUCUCCUUCCAAAAAAAGUGUGUGACAGGUGGGAUCAAAUUUGGAACUUCAGAGCCAGACCUGAUGAUCUGCUCAUCGCAACCUAUGCAAAAGCAGGUACAACAUGGAUACAGGAGAUUGUAGAUAUGAUCCAACAUGAUGGAGACAUUGAGAAAUGCAAACGUGCCACCACUUAUCUGCGACACCCUUUCAUUGAGUGGGUUCUGCCUGGACCUUUCAGCUCUAAUACAAAUGGCCUGGAACUAGCUGAAGCGAUGCCCUCCCCACGAACACUGAAAACUCAUCUCCCUGUACAACUGGUGCCUCCAUCCUUUUGGGAGCAAGAGUGUAAGAUAAUCUAUGUGGCAAGAAAUGCGAAAGACAACCUGGUGUCCUACUACCAUUUUCACAGAAUGAAUAAAAAUAUGCCUGAGCCAGGAACCUGGGAGGAGUUUUUGGAGAAAUUCAUGGCUGGACAAGUGCUUUGGGGUUGCUGGUAUGAUCAUGUAAAAGGAUGGUGGGAUGCAAAAGAAAACCACUGUAUUCUCUACCUCUUCUAUGAAGAUCUAAAGGAGGAUCCAAAGCGUGAAAUCCAAAAGGUGUUACAGUUCCUGGAGAAGGACUUAGAGAAUGAGGUUCUCGAUAAAAUCAUCCACCACACAACAUUUGAGAUAAUGAAGGACAACCCCAUGGCAAACUAUACUUUUCAGCCUCCUGCAGUAAUGGACCACUCAGUCUCACCAUUCAUGAGAAAAGGGACUGUUGGAGAUUGGAAGAACCAUUUCACAAUGGCACAGAAUGAGAAAUUUGAUGAAGAUUAUAGGAAGAAGAUGUCUAGAACCUCUCUGAUCUUCCGCAUGGAGCUCUGAGAAGGGGCUAUAGGGAUUAUUCUCUAUAAUCUACUAGCACUUUCCCUAUAAAAGCCUCACAAAAUACCUGUGCAUCUAAAAUUACAAUGCCCAGUUUCCCACACCACUGACUUCACAGGGCUGAGCAUCCCCUUUCUCUGUGUAAACCUAAUUUUGAGACAAACAUUUUAGUUAAACUAGAGUCAAGCAGUAAUGUACUGUAGAGAUUUUGCAGGAAUCCCUCAAAAUCCCACCCCCAAAUUGAAGAGGUGGCUGGGGUGAUUUCCCUGAUUAAAUUUAUCCCCUCAUCCCUAACUUUUAUUCUUGGUGUUCAUAAAAUUCUUCUGAAGAGCAGGGCUGUAGGGUCUUGUUCAUUUGCUUUUUUUUGCAUUUGUAAAACUUUAGAUGGUAAUAUCCAAUAUUUUUAAAACCAUUCCCAGCAGCAAGUAAAAACCCUGAGAUAGAAGGCACUAUUGAAGUGCAACAUGCUGUUAUUGUUUGUAUGUUUUCAAUGUGCUGGGAAAACUGUAAUCCAUCCUCACACUCCACUAGUGCGGUAAGUAAGUACUAUUAGCUAUACUUUGCAGAUGGUGAAAUGGUGUCAUGCAAGAAAUUGAAGUUACUUAUUUCCCCCUCUCCCCCCAUACA